UGUCUGACUCUCACUGGACUAUUUUCUCACCGUUUCUGAGCAGUUUUCUCACUAAACAAACAAACAAACAAAAUCGGAAAGAGAAGAAGCCGUAGAUUCCGAGGCCCUCUCUCUGUCCGAUUUGUUUCUCUACCAAACACACCAAAGACAACAGCACUUGCAGCAACCGUAACCGCAACCGCAACAACAACAUUUCUCUCCUCAUUAUUCUACGCCUUUCUUAAUUCUCUCCUUCAUCAAUCGCUCUUCUGAUCUCAUGAGUCGCUACGACCCUAACCCCUUCGAAGAGGAAGAGGUUAAUCCCUUUGCGGUUGGAGCAGGUAAAGGGAAAGGAUCAGGGCAACCAAGUUAUGGUGGAGGUGCAUUUUAUACUACUAAUCCUGGAAGUGUUCCCUCUUCAAACUCAAGGCUCUCACCGCUUUCUCCUGAGCCUUAUGAUCGUGGGGCAACUAUUGACAUUCCUAUUGAUAGCUCAAAGGACGUCAAAACAAAGGAGAAGGAACUUCAAGCUAGAGAGUCUGAAUUGAAAAGAAGGGAACAGGAACUAAAAAGAAGGGAAGAUGCUAUAGCACGAGCUGGAAUAGUUGUAGAGGACAAAAAUUGGCCACCUUUUCUCCCCAUCAUUCAUCAUGACAUUGCAAAUGAAAUACCAAUACAUCUUCAAAGGAUGCAGUAUGUUGCAUUUACAACAUGGUUGGGUAUGAUUUUGUGUCUUGUGUGGAAUAUUCUGGCAGUUACCAUUGCUUGGAUCAAAGGAGAAGGUCCAACAAUCUGGUUUCUUGCUAUUAUAUACUUUAUUUCUGGUGCUCCAGGAUCCUAUGUGCUGUGGUAUCGCCCUCUUUAUCGUGCUAUGAGAACAGACAGUGCUCUGAAGUUUAGCUGGUUUUUCUUGUUUUACGCGUUGCACAUUGUCUUUUGCAUUUUCGCUGCAGUUGCUCCACCAAUUAUCUUCAAAGGAAAAUCUCUCACAGGUAUUCUGGCUGCGAUCGAUGUGUUGAACGACAAUGGAUUUGUUGCGAUAUUCUACUUUAUUGGGUUUGGGUUAUUCUGUCUUGAGUCACUGCUGAGCAUCUGGGUUAUUCAGCAAGUAUUAAUGUACUUUCGCGGCAGUGGCAAGGCCGCAGAGAUGAAGCGCGAGGCUGCAAGAGGGACGAUGAUGGCAGCUCUAUGAUGUGGUACUUGCAAAUGCUUUUCCGAUGGUUAUACCCCAAAAACUGGUUUCCUAAGUUACCAGUUCCUUACACACACCUUUUGCGCCUUGCUUAAUACUUGGGAGUUGGAUGUGUUUUCCUUGGUUUUGGGCUAGGGUUAACUCAAACCAGAUAAUUACUAUAAGUCUCAGUUGUGCACAUAUAUAUAUAUAUAUAUAGACAACGUUGUUUAAGGAUGGCUUCCUCGACCGAGGAGUCUUACUGGAUUGGAAAAGAAAGAAAAAAUUUCAUUGACCCAAUC